CUGUAUGUUUCCACUGUCAAGGAAACCAGCCCAGUCUCCCUUGAGCAAACACACUCACCAAACAGGAAGGCUACCUGUCGACUGGAAGUUAGCGCUGGGCUGCCAGUCAGGAUCCAAACAAGUUUCUGGACGACUACAUUCAUGCCGAAACACGAGAACUCUUGACUUAUUUUGUAAACAACCAUCUGCUUAUCGGAGUUGAAAGCCUUCCAGAUUCAGGCCAGCUCGAGAAUGUUUACCACCAGGAAAAGCAGCCUGCCCUCACCCAGCCUGGAGGACCCCUUCUUCGCUCUCUCCUCAUCCUCCUCGCUCUUCGCCCUCUCCUCUUCGACGCCGUCGCCGGACAGCAUCGACAGCGGAGGAGGGAUAGAGACGGACUUGAUCCUGGCUGCGGAGCUGGGCCAGGCUUUGCUGGAGAAGAACGAGGAGCUAGCUGCUUCUCUAGAGCAAAGAGACAGAGAGGUGGAGGUUUUGCAGCAGGAGAAGCAUGUGCUCAUGAGGAAGCUGGAGAUGAACGAACUGGCAUCCGGACAGAGGGAAGCUGAGCUGAACGGAGACUUGGCGGCCUUGAGGGCAGAGCUGGAGAGACAUCAGAGCAGUGGCCGGGACAGACGGAAGGAUGAGAGCGAGCAGCUGACGCAGUUGGCCAAUCAUAACCAGCGGCUGGUCGAGCAGCUAGCAGAGGCUGUGACUCUGGAGCACACGCUGAGGACUGAGCUCCGGUCCCUUCGAGAAGAGAUGGAAGACUCUUCAUUCAGCAGAAGUAUAAGCUCCACACAGUUGGACAACAUCCAAGCAGAGAACAGGGUAUUGUCGGAGCGACUAGCGCACAUGGACGCACAGCUAAAAGCGACUCAGGAUGACGUUGACAGAGUGCGUGUGGAACGCGAGGGGCUGAGAGAACGAGUGUUAGACCUGCAGGUGAAACUGAGAGAGAAAGAAUCUGAGAUAGAGCAGGAGCAAGGGGUUGUGUUUGAGCUGCGAUCUUUGAAUCGCUCCCUGCAGCAAAAAGCAAUGAACCUGGGAGAGGAAAACAUCCUGGACAGUACAAACACACAUCCAAUGUCGCUGCUUAGUGAGAUUCAGCAAUCCCAGGCUGCAGAGGCUCUUCUGGCUCACUCCAGUGUUCUGCAAACACGAGAUGAAGAAAUACAAUCACUUAAGGAGCAGCUCAAGUCUCAGCAGGAAGAACUAGAAGCGUUACAGGAGGAACUCAAGCCAUUCAGAAACAGUCCAGGAAAGCCAAGUUAUAGUUCUUUGGAAAGUGAUUUGGCAACAGUUCGGCAGGAAAAAGAAUCACUGACCCAACAGCUGCUCAACACCAUCAGACACAAAGUGGCGCUGUCACAAGAGCUUGACGCCUGGCAGGAGGACAUGCGACUGGUGAUCAACCAGCAGGUGCAGCAGAGGGAGGAGGAGCGCCAGAAGGAACAGGAGCGGGAGAGAGAGAACACUCAGGGACUACAGAGAAGCAAAUCUCUGCGAGUGAAGGGCGAAGGAGCCAAAGGAUUCUUUUCCUUUUUUAGGGAAAAGUGACUGCAGCAACAUUUGUCAGCCUCAACAAACAAUGUUUACAGACAAAGACCUCGUAUUUGAAUAUAUCUGUAUUUAUGACUGUACAGUGUAGAAAUGUUUUUUGAUGUCUUUUUUUAUAUAUUAAAUAAGUUA